AGUUAUUUACAUAUUUUGUGUUUCGCGGCUGAGAGUUAAACUAUGAUUUUGUCGUAUAAUUCCACCAUAAAAAUUCUACCACAACAUGAAAAAUAGGUCAAACCCAGAUGACGUUUAUUUAGAUCAAAUCAUGAUUUUUCAUUAUUAGGUUGCAAUUAAAAUGUCAGGAUUUGAAGAGUCUGGGUUAGCUGGAAAGCAUUCUAUUCGCAAAGGGUUCAAAGAAUGUCGUGAGCCGGAGGCUUUUAUUUCUACAUUUCAACAAGAAAAUUGUGUUUUAUUAUCUUCCCUUCAUCCAGCUCUUCAUUUACUUGACUUACAAGAGGUUAAAAGAGUUGUCUUUCAUCAAUCUGUGAUAUCAGAUUUAAGCGAAAAACUCAUAAAGCGUAUAAACGCUAGCGAUUAUAAUGACCAAAAGCUAAAAGAACUUAUAGAUCAUACUAUUCAGUUUAUUCAUGUUGAUGCAUUGCGACCUGUUAUUAUGACUGCAUUAAAAAAGCUUAAAGAAGUAAAACCAGAAACUAUUGAACUAAUUUCUUUAAAUGAAAAAAUCUAUAAUGAUUGCCCCAUUGAAGUCAAACGAAAGGUAUGGAUGAAAAAACACCCACUUUUCGGUGAUGCUGUUGGUCCCAUACUAAAUAGGUAUAUUAUAGAAAAGCAGAGUUUAAUUUAUUCAACUGAAAAUACUAAAUCACAAAACUUUUUUAGUCUGUCUACACGGGAACGUAGACAGAAGCCUAUUGUAAAACAAUUAGUUGAAAUGAUAGGUACUUCGAUUGACUUAUAUAAUCUAGUCCUUCAGUUUUUAAGAACCUUAUUUCUAAGGACUAAAGAAGAAAACUAUUGCUCACUUCGAAGUGAACUAUUAAUGGCUUUUCAUGAUGCAGAUAUAAAAGAAAUUCAUCAAGUUGACCCAUGUCAUAAAUUCACAUGGUGUUUAGAUGCCUGCAUUAGAGAUAAAAGUAUAGACACCAGGCGAUUGAAAGAACUGCAAACAUUUUUAGAUACUAUAAAAAAUGGUCAAGAAGAAGUUAUGGGUGAUAUUGCUAUGAUUCUAUGCGAUCCUUAUGCAACAAAUACAAUUAUUGUUAGUAUUAUGCAAGUACUUAAUAAGUUGAUAGCUGUUGAUGUUCUUCCAAGGUCGUCUGGAGAUUUGAUGUUUCUCAUUCGUCUGCUCUGUCUCAGUUUGGGAGCUUGGGAUAUGAUUAAAGCACAAAAUUUUAAAGAAGAAUCAUUGAAUAUUGAUAUUGUUACAAAGUUUUUACCUCUACUAAUGUCCAUCAUGAUGGAUUGUAUGGGAGAUGAAAGCAAUGAAAAUCCAAAUAAUAUUAAAGUUCCUGAUAAUUUAUUUAAGUUUAUUCAAGAAAGCACACCUUCACAGUUAAUUGUUUGUUACUAUCUAAACCAAGUAAUUCAGAGUGAUAAAGUCGCCAUUUUGGAAGUUGUUUUACCGCAAUUUGCGCAAGUGUUGAAAAACCAAGUUAUUUCAACAUAUGUGUUUAACUUAUUUGUUCAUCGUUUUGCUUGCUGUGAAGAAAACUUUUCUCGCACUCGUUAUCUGAAUCUGGUGUUUGAUCAGUUUUUAUUUGUUUGGUUGCAAAAUGAUGAUGCUUUUCAUCACAUCCUUCGUUUAUUAUGGUUUGUUUAUCAGAAGGUGGAUAGUCAAGAACUUGUUCGCUUGUUAACAGCAACUCAGCCUUUAUCAAAGCAUACAGAUGUAAUUCAUGACUUGCAUGCUAGACUAGUUGACAUCAUUGCAUCUUCUAAAGUUAACACUCCGUUAAGUACCGGAAGUAAUGAGCAUAACAACUCCAUAUCUCCAGUCACAUCACCAAAUACUUUAUUUCAAGGAAUUACAAGCUGAUAUUAUUACUAUGUGGCAUUAAAGAGCAACUAAUAUUUCUCAUAAAGUUGUUGUCCAAAAGAAGUUGUGCUGGUUUUUCCAUUGCCGUUAAUGAAAACCUCUUCGAAAAUAAUAUUUUUAUCGAAGCCUUUUUUGGUUAACUUAGAAAAAAAAAAUUUUCCAUGAAAUAAAUUUAAAAAUAAUAAUAAAUUUAAUUUACUACAAUAAAAAGUUAUUGUCUAUUGAAUAUUUAUAAUAUAUAUACAUAUAUUCGUGUAUAAAUAUAAUCUAGCAUUUUUAUGCCAAUGCAUAAUUAA